AUGUCUGCUGACCCGGCGAAAGUGGAGGAACUCUGCAAACUCAUCACCGACAGCUUGCCGGAGAUCGACAAGCGCUUCGCUGCCCUGGAGAAGGCCACCAAGACUGUCCCCGAGGACUUAGAGAAACGUCUGGCACUCCUGGAGCAGAAGCUCGCAAGCCCAACCCCAGCAGGUUCUGGGGCCCCGGCCCCAGGCGCAGGGGCCGGGGAUGAGGAGGUGCACAAGCGCUUGGCCACAAUCGAGAGCACUGCGGCAACACAUCGUGAGGACUUGCACCAGAAGUUGGAUGCGAACAAGAAGGAAAUGCAACGGCUGGUGGCUUCUCUGGAGGAGAAGAUCGACACUGCCGGGGGCGCACCAGGGGGCGAUGAUGUGAAGAAGGGGGCGGAAGCUCAGAUCAUGAAGAAGGUUGCGACCAGGCUCCAGGACUUCGAGUCGCAGAUCACAAGUCAGCUCUCCUCGGUGGCCACGGACUUCGACAAGAAGCUCUCCCACGUGCAUCGUUCCACCGGAGCCACGAAGCCCAUUGACGGCGCAGGGGCUGGGGGGGAUACUGGUCUCGACACCAUGGCCGAGGACGUUGAUCAGCUCAAGUUCGACGUGGGAGAGCUAAAGGACCUGCUUACCAACAGCAAGGGUGAGGUGAACCACAUCCGCCGCAUUGUCCUGGCCUGCGAGCGAGACAUGGAAGACUUCACGGCCGCGAUGGAUGCUGUCAAUGUUGACCUUGACGAGAUGCGCGCCCGCGUAGAUGCAACCCACUCCAUCAUCACCAGCCGCCAGCGCGUGGAAGCCACCAUGACAGCCGAGAUCUCGACCAUGCGUCUGGACAUCGGCGACAUCCAAGAAGCCCUCAAGAACCAUGACUCCUGGAUGGAGGAUGUGUCCAACACCCUCCAGCAGAUGCAGGAGAAGGAAGAGAAUUUGAGCGAGGACAUGAUCAGCCUCAAGAAUGAGCUCACAGCCAAGCUGGACACGAAAGUGGACAAUGUGGCCUGGAAGGAGGCCAACGACGACCUCGAUGCGGCCAUCAAGACCGUGCGCGACAUGGUCUCUUCGCUCCGACUGGAUGUGGACGCCCGCCGCCGCAAGGUGGACGAGAUCCUGGCCACAAUCCGCCAUGACAUCACAUCUGUGGAAACAAACCUGGAGGAAUCCAAGGCCAAGCUGGCGAUGGACACCGACCAUGCGAUCAAUGCGCUGAACGGCCGUAUCGACUUCACGAACAAGGAUCUCGCGGCAACCCAGGAGAGCCUUCACACCACCCAGAACUCCUUGAGCGACUGCUUCAACGAGGUGGCAGUCGUUCGCAGCGACCUGGAGCGCAACGUGGCCGACACGGAGGCGCGGCUCAAGAACGACAGCCGCUCCAAGCAGCAGGAGGUGAUGGAGAAGAUUGGAGAUGUGGAGCAGCAGUCCGAGCUGCGCUCGGCGGAGUCCUCGCGUCGGCUGGGCGCCCUCGACCUGCGCAUGAGUGGCGUUCAGGGAGGCUUGGGAGAGCAGAAGCGUGACAUCCUCAAGCUUCGUGAGGAGGUGAACGGCCUGACCGUGAAGAGUGCCAGCCACGAGGUGGACAUCCAAAAAGGAUCAGAUGCAGUCAAGAAGAUGGAGAAGCAGCGCAACUUGGAUGGACAGAACUUCAAGGCCCAGUUGGAUGCCAUCCACGACGUGCUGGACACCAAGGUCAACGAGAAGCCCUUCGAGGAUGUGAAGCACUGUGUGUCCUCCCUGACCAAAGGUGUCGUGAAGUUUGCACAGGUCGUGGGCGUUUUCCCUGGCCCACGCUUUGACGACGCCGAGGGCGGUGACGGAACCGAAGCAGACGUCGAACUUCUGGGAUGGGAGGAGAGCGCGGAGACCCUGUCCUUCCGAGUGGACAAGGCCUGGCGCCAGCGCUGCUCCCAGCGCUUCCGCAACAUCCUGGACAUGAUUGCCAAGAAGGCGGACCAUAGCGUCCUGCGUCUGCUUCAGAUUUCGCAGCAACACAUCGAGUCGCAACUGGAGCGUGUGAAACACGAGCGCGAGCUGUGGAAGGAGGUCGUGGAGCGACGUCAGCAGCAGCCCCUCCAGUUGGCACUUUCCAUGAAGGAGCAACUGGGCCGCACCGUACAAAGAACCACGGUCUUUGUGUCACCCGGGCAUAAGAAGGCCGGAAAAUGCGGUGCCGGGUUUCAGAGAACUGCCGAAGCCAUGACUCUGAAGAAGGUGCGCAGCGCCCCUGAAUUGCUGAAGCUUCCUACGAAGGUCAAACAGAAUUGCAGAAUUGCCUCGAACUGCAAGGCUGUUUUGGAAUGGAUCUUUACCAAGAGCACAUACUAUAGCCUCCCUUGUGGUUGCCAGUUAGACAUCAAGGCCCUUGCAGGAAGCCAGGCGCCCAAAUGGCUGCGGCUGCGCUGCGAGGAGCCGCACGGAGGCGAGCGUUUGGUUCGGCGCCCCUUGCUUCUGGAUUCAGAUGACAGCUUGGCAGAUUUCUUGCAGAGGGUCGGGCCUUGCUGUCUCUUCGCGGAUAUUUGGGCUAGCGUCGAGACUUUGGGCGUGAAGGCGCCGCCGGAGCUCCAGGUCGUAGCACAGUACUCGUUUGACACGGAGAGUUGUGCAGUCCGCCGCGCGAAGGUUCCAGAGACCGGAGAUUCCGGCGUGGUAUCCAUGGUCGAUCGCGACGCGCAGACGUGCCAGGUCUACUUCGACCACCGGCUCGGUUCCGAAGCGCUGAGCGUCGCCUUCCGCCACCUCAGCCGGGAAGGAGGCGGCGCCGGAAGCUCGCAGAUGCGCUUGGAAGCCUUGGAAGCCUUGGAAGCCUUGGGCUUCGAGUCUCCCAAGAAGCUGGAGGCGUCCGAGGCCCAUCAGGAGUUAGAUGUCGCUCCGCUCCUGGGGAACGCCUUGGGCGCUGUGGCGAGCGCAGGAUACUGGGAGGGCGCCUUGGCUCACCUUGGCGCAUCUCCGGCGCCCGGCCCUGCAGGUUGCGACGACGGGGCUUUGGCAUCUGCGCUGGAAGCCUCGGCUGCAGCCAAGGCUGAGGCCAGUGCUGCCGCGCUGCUUGAAGCAAGCAGAGCUGGCUUGAGGUUGAAAGACCUCGACGAGAAGGUGGUACGCCACAAUCGUGAGCACUGGCUGGGCUUGGAGUGCUUGCAGGAGAAAGUGGGUGAUCUUUCCUCCACGCAGAGAGCGCUGCACGAGGAGUUUGCCGCCAGUGUGAAGAAGGACAUGUCGGCCUUUCGCGAGCACGUCGCUGACCUGUCGACAAAAUGCCAGGCCCUGGCAGACUUAGUGGCGACGAUUCGCACAGAGCUGGGGGGCAAGGCUUCGCAUGACCAGCUGGAGGAUCUUGAACACCAGCAGUGCAAGGCCUUCGAGCGCUUCGUCGCCCGCUGGGAAGCAUGCGCCGAGGCCCGUCGAAGGAAUCUGAGGAAUGAGAUGAGCAGUGCGAUCGGCGAGGUACGCAGGCCCGCAGUCAGAACCGCCUCCGAGCAGGCGCAGCUCGGUUCAACGCCAAGUGGCCCAAGUCGACAGACGGAGUCGCGACGACACGAUGAGCUCCAGGCCAGCUUGCCCUCGGCAGGCUUGGAGGAAGUGGUGCGAAGGGUGCAGGCCGAGCUCACUGAUCUCAGGCGGGAGCUCACGAGCUUGAGAACGGAGGCCAAGCAGGCCAGCCAGCUGAAGCUGGAAGGCUUGACUGAGGCAAGGGAGCAGCGCUACCAGUCCCUCUCAGCCACAGUCGAAAGCCUGAAGUCGAGUUUUGAGGUCAUCCGCAGAAGUACCAAAGAGUCUUCAGACACGCGGGAGCAGGCGCUGCUCGACGGCCUCCGCCUCCGUGCAGAUGCCUGUGCGGAGGGGCUGGCUUCUGAGGUGCGGAUUCGGGAGGAGGCAACACAGCGGCUGGAGUCACUCUUGCAGCAGACGCGCCGGGACCUGGAAGCGAAGCUGGAGUCAGUUCGAGGUGCUCUGGAAAAGCAGCUCCGGGGCACCCUGAACCACAAGGACAAGGAACUGCAACUCGAGCUCAUGGGUGCCAUGCAGCUCGAGCUCCAGAAGAGACAGGAUGCCGAGACCUCUCUUCGAGAUUUGCAGUGCGAGAUGGUGGAGAUACGCUCCAAGCUGAUGCGGAAGGAGCACGCCCUUCUGGAAGCCACGGGCUUCAAAGAGCCCGUGGCUGAAACGCGAGCCUGGCGCCCUGGGCUCACAGGCACGCUCUUUGCCGAGCCGACACCUUCCCGAGAGGCAGCUCCAAGCAGCAGCACAGGACCCUCGUCUCAGGCAGGCAGCCCGCUCAAUGAUCCCCGGGCCACGGCGACUCCGGCUGUUCUGCGUCCCAUGUUGCAGCCACGAUCUCACCAAUGGCCAACCUGA